AUGCCAAGGAAGCGUAAGCAUUCGAGUGAAGAAGAAGAGGAGGAGGCAGAAGAAGUUGAAAAUAAUAUUCGAGCGAAGCGGCGCGCUGCUGUGGAAGCACGUGAUCGAGUAGCGGCUAAGGAAGGCGCGAGCGACGAUGAAGACGAAGAAGAUGACCUGGAUGAGGAGGACGACGACGACAAAGAUGAAGAUUACGAAGGGGAAGGAGUAGGAGAUGAAGAAGGAGACGAGGAAGGUGAUGAAGAUGAUGAGGAAGAGGAAGAAAAUGACGGCGCUGGAGGAGCAGAGGGCGAAGAUGACGACGAAGACGAUGAAGAAGUCGAAGAUGAGGAACAAGAACCGGAUACAGUUGAAUGCAUUCUGGCUGAUUUGGAGGAACCAACGUCAGAUACUCCAGGUUAUGUCUUAAGGAAAAAAGACAGCCCCAAGAAAAUGGAACUCUGUUUUAUGGGAGAAAUGAGGGAAACAUUGGUUGAUGUCACUGAAGCUUUUCAAGCACAUUUUGAGGAGAAGAAACUACCUGUUCUUCAGAUUACAAAAUUUGACAUGAUAGGAGAUACCAAUGAUACAACACAGGUUGAUGUUUUGGAGAUCAAAUAUGACAAGGCAUAUGACAUCAGAGAAUUAGAUGAUGACAGUGAUGACAUACUUUCACAAAAUUUUUAUUGUGUUGUCAGAGUAGAAGGAAUUGAAGGCACUUGGGCUACACAAUAUUUUCUACCAGAACCUGAGGACUGAGUUGAACAGGGUUUAGGCAUGAUUGGGGGCAUAAGCUUUCAGAACUAGCACAUCUGUAAAAAUUAAAAAGAAAACGUGCUUUUAGACCACAAAAAAUUUUAUGAUCUUGCUGUUUAGGUGAUACCUUUGUACCAGUUAAAAGCACAGUAUAAAGUGUGUUGUUCAAUUUUUUGUUGUGUUAUAAUGUAACCUGGUAUGUUUGUGGAGGUAGCUGUUAAUUUUGUCUGUUGCUGUAGGUUUGAUGUAAGCUACACUUAAAAUUGCAAAUUAAUUUAGUUAGUAUUUGAAAUUUGGAAAGGCAGGUUAAUGUCCAACUAUGUCUGUGAGAUUAUUGCUUUGAAGCAAGGAUCACAAGUAACAUGUAUGUUUGUGGUUUUUUGGUAAACUUUGUAGUUUAGAUAUUUGUAAAAAAUAAAUGAAAGUUAAUAGACACUA